ACAUGUAGUGACGAACAGAUAAAAAAUAAUAUUUUUUCUGGAAAUAAUCACAACCAUAAUCAAAUACAAACUAUUAUUGAUAAAGAUAAAUGUAAGGAAUGUAAAGGAAAUUGCGAAUGUUAUAAUUUAUGGACGCAAAAAAUUUCAAAUCAAUGGCAAAAACAAAAAGAAAACUACACUAUAUUUAAUAAUAAACAAAACGGUCAUAAAGUGGGAAAUAAUGCUACACGAACGGUAAGUUUAGACAAUUAUUUAUUUUUUUCUUGUUGGGAAAAAUAUAUAAAACAACAUUUAAAAGGUGAUUGGGAACAAAUCCAAACCUUGGACACAGAAACAUUAGAUUUGUUGGAAAAAAGGUGUGGAAAAACCAUAAAUGAUGGACAAAAUAUAUUUGAAGAACGUAUAAAUUAUGUGAAGAAAAAAGGAAAUGAUUGUGAGAAAAGACACACUAAAUGUACCAAAGACAAAAAAGAUUUUAAAUGUGAGGGAUAUGAGGAUGUUGAUGGAUGUAAAGAUAAAUAUUAUGACGGACCUAUGCCUGGGAAAAAUCAAGUAGCAGCGAAAAAAUGGGAAUGUAAAAAUACAACUACAUCAACUGAUACAAAAGAUGUCUGUGUUCCUCCGCGAACACAAACAUUAUGUGUAGCAAACAUGUACGAUAGUACGGGUGGUGGUAAAAUACAAGAUAGUGCAUUUUCUAACAAAGAUAAAAUGAAAGAAUCAUUAAAAGCAGCAAUAAAAAAAGAAACGGAACGAUUAUACGAAUAUUAUACAUCAAAAGAAGAUGGAAAAGGGGCAAUUAUAUCCAAAAAAUCUGAUGGCAAACCUGGUGAUCGUGAUAAAAAUGGUUUGCCUAAAAAUUUUUGCAGAGCUACAGAAAGAACAUAUAAUGAUUUCAAACAUAUGGUGAUAGGUGAUAUACCGUGGAAACCAGGAAG